UACUUCUAGAUCGAAGAUAUUUUUAAUUUUGUGCUGUAUUGACUUUAAAUUUAGCCAUAAUUUCUGAUGAUAGCUAUUGUGAAAUUUACGAAAAUCAGGACAUCAAUAAUUAAUUACAUUUUGCAUUGACCAAAUCAAAAUGUAACCGAAAAAUUCAAAAUUUUCUCGGUUUGUCGAAAGUUACGAAAUCAUUCAAAACAUUAUUAUUUCUCCAAUUUAAACAGUGUUUAAAGGUCUGUUCACAAAUUUCGAAUCGAAAUUAAACCUGUAAAUUAUUGAAAAAUUGAGAAUCCAUUUUCAAAAUAUUCAAUAUUGCAAUGCGCACGUGUGAGCUCCAUCCGUUGUGUUGUGUACAAUGUUGUUCUUUUUUUAGUUGUUACGUUGUUAUCAGCUUGUGUGUGUGGUUGUGCUAGUUGUGUUUUGUAGGUUUCUUUUUAUCGCAAUUAGCAAAUUUCAAUUCGAAGCAGGACGUGAUAUGAUUUCAUAACGGUAAUUUUGAUUUGUAGAAGUAUACCGCGACAGUCCGGAUUAUUCUGUAUAUCAUCAACUCUUUCUACUAGUAGAUUUAUUGAUACAAUAUACUCGUUAGAUCGGCAAUUAUUUCAUCGUUCUGAGAUUCUACAUGUAUACGAAGAGGAAUAACACGAUCAUAAUACCAUCGAACGACGAUCGGAGUGAAUUAUCUUGCAGUAUGAACGACGACUUUGGUGCAAAUACCUUUGUGGUGGAAAACUGGUGCCAUACUCGUUCUGAAGUGAAUUAUUGUAAUUUCAUGUGGACUAUUCAUCAAUACUCCGAGUAUCACUUUCAUAGACCAAGUGAAUCUUAUAUAAACUCUUCUAUUUUCAAGUCAACAAAAAAUGACACAUACAAAUGGAAAUUACAGUUGUCUGCACCGGACGAAGAUAAGAUGAUCACAUUGUAUUUGAUGUUAGAUGCCACUCCUGAAUUGUGUAAAGAAGUUUUAGUAAAAUGUAAAAUGUCUGUAGUAAAUAAUGAGGGAGAAGAAACAAAUAUUCGCCGAGAUCCGAAUUGCGUAAAUGAUAAGGGCGAAGAAACACCUAUUCGUCAGGAUCCCAGUAACUACGCAAACCUCGCCAAAGGAAGUUCGGCGUACUACUUAGCUUUUAUAGACUUUAUAAAUGGAAAUGAUUUAUUAAAGGAAGAAAACUCUCUGUUGAGGGGUGGUGCGUUGAAUAUUUUCUGCGAAAUACAUUUCUUUUCCAAAGAAACCAUUACUACAGAGUGUUCUUCUGGGAAAAUCGUUGUAGAGUUACAUCAGGCCCCUGACGGAAACGAUCUUCAACGAGGGUUAGAACGUUUAUUCGAGAACGAAGAUUUUGCCGACUUUACAGUAUCUAUUGGCGAUGAACAGUUUCGCGUUCAUAAAGCUAUUCUCGCAGCUCGAAGUGAAGUUUUUGCUUCAAUGUUCAAACACAACUUGAAAGAACAAAAUGAAAAUUGUUUGAAAAUUAUUGAUAUGGAUCAAACGGUAUUCCGAGAAAUGUUACGAUACAUAUAUACGGGAAAUUUGUCCAAAUUGGAGGAAAUGGCCGUCGACUUAUUGCCCGCUGCAGAAAAAUACAAUUUGCAAGAAUUAAAAACUAUGUGCGAGCAUCAAUUGGUGAACAGGCUGUCUGCGAAAAAUGCGGUGGAUUGUUUACUGUUGGCAGAUAUGUAUGGUGCAGGAUUUCUAAAGAAAAAAGCCCUUCGAUUCAUCCGAGUUAAUCUCGAAGCAAUCAAGAAAACUGAGAACUGGUUGAAAAUAAUGCAUUCAGAUUUGUUGAGAGACGUAUUUAAUACCAUAUUUCCAUGAGUAACAAAAAUGGAAUGGGUUGUCUUUUUUCUCAUAUUAACCAUUCUCUUCGCUCAGCUCAAUUUAUUGUGAUAAAAAUCGUUUUUUAGUAAUUAAGUGAAUUUUUCGUUUAUUUCUUGUUGUUUCAUUAAUUUCUUAAUAAUCAGUUACAGUAAAAAAAAAGAGAGAUUGGUGUGUUCAGUUGAGUCGUAUAUUAGAUAUGCUUUUAAAUGAAUAAUCUGAGUACAUUUGGGUUAUUUUCCUCCGAGUUUUAUAAAAAAUUAUGCAUGAAUGUAGUUUGUUGCUUGCUUACAUAUUAUAAUAAAGUAUACCUAUCUCUGA